CUCACCAAAAAAGAAGCCUUUUUCCUCUCCUUUUAAUUUCCCCUUUUGCUGUUGAUUCCACACCAACCCACCCAUCUUCACACACAUUUCUUCUCCCUCCCUCACUUCCUCUCUCUCGAGAUUUUAUAGAGAGAGAAACCCCCCACACACAAACACACAGAAAAAGUUUCCAAAAAAAAACAGAGGAUGAAGAGGAAAUCAUCUCCAUCUUCGUGCUCCUCCUCUUCAUCUUCCUGCUGUAUCGAAUCGCCAUCAAUCGCCACCGCGCCUCAAUCGAAGCCCGACGCCAAGCCCAAGCCAAAGCGCGUCAGAGCGAAGAAGAAUCAGAGCGAAAAUUCCGCCACCUCUGCCAAAUCGCGAAGCUCGAUUCACAGAGGCGUCACUAGGCAUCGGUGGACUGGAAGAUACGAAGCUCAUCUCUGGGAUAAGACUACCUGGAACAGCAUACAGAACAAGCGAGGAAGACAAAUUUAUUUAGGUGCUUAUGAUAAUGAGGAAGAUGCGGCGAGAACCUACGAUCUAGCUGCACUUAAAUACUGGGGCCCUUCCACCAUCCUCAAUUUUCCAGUGGAGGGCUACACCAACGAUCUUGAAGAGAUGCAAAAAUUGACCAAGGAAGAGUAUUUGGCUUCCCUCCGGAGGCGGAGCAGCGGCUUCUCCAGAGGCGUCUCUAAGUAUCGCGGCGUUGCAAGGCACCAUCACAAUGGCCGGUGGGAGGCUAGAAUUGGGCGCGUUUGUGGAAACAAGUAUCUCUACUUAGGAACCUACAGCACUCAAGAGGAAGCCGCAGCAGCAUAUGAUAUGGCAGCGAUAGAAUUCAGAGGCCCGAAUGCUGUAACAAAUUUCGACGUAAGUAAUUAUGCGGAUAAGUUGAAGAAAUUCCUACCUGAGGUGCAAGUGGAAGAGGUCCAUGUGAAGCAGGAAACAAACUCGACUCCCCCCGACGAAGUACAAGCAGAGGAAAAACCUCACCCGGUUGCUGAAACAAGUAGCCCUAAGCCUGAACCCAAAGAUUCCAACGAGUCAGAAGGCAUAGUCACCAUGGACCCAAUCGAGGAGCACGGGCACCCUUGGGACCUCUGUCUAGAUACUCUAUUCAACAUCCUCCCAAUACCCGACAUGCCUCUGGGGAAACCCUCUGAGGUGUUCGACUACAAAGGCUUCGAUGAUGAUAUUGAGUGCAUCUUCGAUGAGCCAUUGGAUGAUAACGAGAUCCUCCAAUAUGGCGGCCAGAUUGACGCAGCAGAUGCAUUGGUAGUUCAGGACGAGAAAGGGCGGGAUGCCUCCACUUCAACUUCACCUUCUUCGUCGCCACUGUCUUCAGUCACAUCUGCCUGCAGCAACAUCUAAUCUACCUUCAAGUUUCAAGAUGUUUAGAGCUUUAAGUUAUUGUAACUUUAGGUGAGGAAGCUAGCUGUAGAUGAUAAGAGUAAGAUGCUGUUCAAGCUCAGAUCUUUGGCUUGUUCAUGGCCCCCUUUUUCCCCUCCCUGAGAUAAAGACUGUCUCAAGAGAUAGCUCUGUUUAUCAGUAUGUAAUUCUAGGAUUUCUUUGUUCUUUCAUAAAAUGAAUUCAGCGAGUUAUUUUA